AUGGAUUCAGACUCAGCUAAAGAAACAAGAAUUGUCCUCCUGGGAAAAACUGGAGCUGGUAAAAGUUCAACAGGGAACACCAUCCUGGGAGAGAAGAAGAAGAAGGCUUUCAAUGUCGACUUUUCUUCUUCAUCUGUGACUGAGAAAUGUCAAAAAGAAACUUGUCACAUGAAUGACAGAACAGUGACCGUCAUUGAUACUCCGGGGAUGUUCGACACAAAGCUCUCUGAGAAAGACUUAAAAACAGAAAUAGAAAAAUGUAUCAUGAUGUCUCUUCCUGGACCACAUAUAUUCCUGCUUGUCAUCAGUCUUGCUGAACGCUUUACAGCAGAGGGGAAGAAUGCCAUCAAGUGGAUCACAGAAAACUUUGGUGAGGGAGUCUCAAAGUACACAGUUGUUGUUUUUACCAGAGGUGGUGAGCUUGAAGGCACCAUUGAGAACCAUUUGCAGAAAAGUGAGGAUCUGAAGAAGCUCAUUGGUGACUGUGAAGGUAGAUAUGUUGUGUUUAACAAUGAGAACAUUGGAAAUCGCACUAAGGUGAAUGAUCUAUUUGAGAUUAUAGACAAGGUGGUAGAAUUAAAUGGAGGCCAUUAUACCAGCAAGAUUUACAAACAGGCCCAGAAUAAACUAUGGUGGGGUCAGGUUGGACAAGGUGUGGAGAAUGCAGGAAGUUAUUUAAUGUGGGCAGCAGGAGCAGCUGCAGUUCGUGGUGCAAUGAUGGCAGGGGAAGCUGUAGCUUUGUCAGCCACACAAAUGGCAGCACUAGGAGGUGCAGCAGUUAUGAAAGGUAUCGGAUGGUUACUCACACCUAAAAAAGACAACAGCUAAAGAAAGUCAGAAAAUUACUUAUCUGUACACAUACAUACUGCUUUUACACUUUUUAUUAUUCAAUUAAAUAUAUUGUAUUUUAUCUUACAUAUAUCCAAUGGGACUGGCACAGUUAUAAAGAGGCUACCUUUCAUGCUGUAAAAUGAAAAUAGAGCUUCUUUGUUCUAUCAAGAUCUUACCUAUGUUUAAGAAGUUCUCAGAAAGGGAUUAAGGAUCCUUCAAAUUCAAUAUCAUUUAAAGUG